AUGAAUCUUCAGGCACGGCUACUGUUUCUCUUAGCAUAUUGUUCUGCCACAUCUUGGGCACUAAUUCCUCACAUCAACCCGUUCAAGCUACAAGAGGUCGAAUACCAUGGAGAUGAUGUUGGUGAGCCAUUGAUACUGACGCCACUUUUAGAACAGGGGAGAAUAAAAGAUGCUCGAAUAGCUGCCUCUGUGUCGUUGAGUGGUUGCGCUGAGGACAUAACCAGUUAUGCUGGCUACUUCACGGUUAACAAACAGUACAAAUCCAACUUGUACUUUUGGUUUUUCCCAUCAACCAGUGAUUACAAGAAAGACCCAGUGGUAUUAUGGCUUCAAGGUGGACCAGGCAGUCCAUCCAUGUAUGGCCUUCUCAUGGAAAAUGGGCCAUUUACUGUGAACAAACACCUGCAACUGGAAUUAAGAAAACACUCCUGGACCAACAAUCAUUCAGUCAUUUACAUAGACAGCCCUGUAGGCACCGGCUUUAGUUUUACCAAAAACGAUAGAGGUUACGCUAGAAAUCAAACUCAAGUUGGAAGUGAGCUAUACGAAGCACUACAACAGUUUUUCCAGCUCUUUCCAGAAAUCAGAAAGAACGACUUCUUCGUCACUGGAGAAUCGUAUGGAGGAAAGUAUGUUCCUGCUUUGGCCUACACGAUUCACAAAAAUAACCCGGAUGCUCAAGAAAAGAUUAAUUUGAAAGGUAUUGCUAUUGGAAAUGGUUAUAUAGACCCAAAGCAUCAAAGAGGGUAUGCGGAGUAUCUUUACCAACUUGGGCUUGUUGACAAGAAGGCCUCAAAUGCUAUUAAGGACCUCGAAGAUAAAGGUAAGUGCUUCCUUUCCUUAACGAAUAUCCAUACUCGUUUGUUUCUCUUUCGUCUUCAACAUUACUUGUGUCUUUCCAUUUGA